ACUGACUCAUUGUGUGACGCCUGCGAACCCGCUGCGCGCCCUACUCUCUAGUGGGUCUGUCUUUCUGUCCAAGUCCGCCGAGACAGCGACGAGCAAUGUCUUUAAGGGGUCGCCAUUCCGCUCCUUAUUCCCAAAGGCACACAUAAACGGUGGUUUCCUCAUUGAACUCAAGCAGAAAAAUUGCAGAGGGAAGAGAGGAAACCUCGUGCGCGGUGCUGCCUUCCACUUCCCCGUAGCCUAGCAACCGUUUCCAAGGCAACCACGCCGUCCACUAACGCUAAGCAACCCCGAAGAGAAUUAGAAGGGUUAUUUUAUUUUCUUCCCAAGAGAGGACUGCUGAGAAGAGGUCAAAGGGAAACUAGGUAAAAGAGAGAAACUUUAGUUCCGUGAGAAGACACGAGUAGGAAAAGGAAAGGGGAACAGUGAAGAAAGAGACACAGAUAUUGGGAUAGUGAGGGAAAAAGUUGAGUAUUUUUAAGGAGUCGUUUUGGUGGCCAUGGAUACAACUUGCUUUUCUGAGAGCAUUUAUAACCUCAUACCCAGUGACUGGAAGGAGCCUCCCCACCGUCCUAGGUAUGUGGGUACAUAUCUAUUUUUAAGACGUCUAUAAAAGACAACAUGCAAAAACAUAAAAUGGCAAUGAAGUCUAUGGGACCACCAAAAGUUGAAGUACCUUCUCCAAAGGAUUUCCUGAAGAAACAUUCAAAGGAAAAAACUCUACCACCCAAAAAAAUGUUUGAUCGGAAUGAGCCCAGAAAACCUCCUGUGCCACUGAGGACUGAUCAUCCAGUCAUGGGAAUACAGAGUGAAAAAAAUUUUGUAAACACAAAUGCAGCCGAUGUCAUUAUGGGAGUGGCUAAAAAGCCUAAACCAAUUUAUGUUGACAAAAGAACUGGAGACAAGCAUGAUCUUGAAACCUCAGGACUAGUUCCCAAAUACAUCAAUAAAAAGGAUUAUGGUGUCACACCUGAAUAUAUAUGUAAGCGAAAUGAGGAAGUAAAGAAAGCCCAAGAAGAAUAUGAUAAUUAUAUCCAGGAAAACCUUCGGAAAGCAGCUAUGAAAAAGCUCUCUGAUGAAGAAAGGGAGGCGGUUCUUCAGGGGCUGAAGAAGAACUGGGAAGAGGUGCAUAAGGAGUUCCAGUCCCUCUCGGUAUUCAUCGAUUCCAUCCCAAAGAAGAUCCGCAAGCAGAAGCUGGAAGAAGAGAUGAAGCAGCUGGAGCAUGACAUCAGCAUUAUUGAAAAGCACAAAAUUAUUUAUAUUGCCAAUAAGUAAUAAUAGAUUUUUUAAAAUAUAGUUGUUUUAACAUAGGGAGAGAAAAAAAAAAAAACCUGGAAAGGAUCAAAAUGAAACUUUGCUUUUCAAAGAGGAAAAUACUGUGAAGAGAAUAAAAAUCGUCUUUACCAAAAUGCAUAGGCAAUGAUUUGGUAAAUAGGUCAUCGAAUUAUUCUACUUACCUGAGAGAAAACUUGUUUUUAACACAGCAUUAGGUUUUCCACAUAUAAAGGAAAGUUGGAUGUAGUGUGUUCCAGUCUGUAGUGUGAUCCAUUAUUUUUACAUACUUGUUUUGCAUGAAUAUAAAUUUCUGGGGGCUGAAGAAUAAAGUCAGCACUCAGAACUUCAGAUUCUGCACUGCAUGAUACAAAGAACACAACAUUAAAAAUGGAUAAAUAUUUUGAAUUGCACAUAGUGGUGUAUGCUUUCUUACUACUCCAGUGUUUUCUCCAUGUUGCUUAAUAUUCCCACACAUUUAACGGCACGUACACUCUGAUAGCGCAUGUCAUUUGCAGCUCUUCCCAAUUGCAAAUGCUUUCAUGUUCAUAAUCCGCCAAAAGGCUUACAUUUGGAGGGAGAGGAAUGAAGAAAGUAACAUAAAAUCAAGAAGACAACUUAUAAAAUGCAUCGUGGAGGAUGAUGAAAGAGAAGAGCCUUCUUCUGGGCAUACCAUAAAACUUUGCUAAUCAAAAUGCUUUAUUCCAUAAUUCACUAUGUGUGUUUCACUAAAAUGGGCUGUUACUUUUA